AUGCCGGCCCCGGAGGUCCAGAAGGUCUACACAAUAGAAGCGGUGAUAGAUGCGCAGCCAUCGCACUCUGAAGACGCGGUGCUCGAAAUCUACAACGAGGACUCACUCAUGUCGUCGCCUGAGGUUGCGCCCUCAGACCGUCUGCCGACCGAAGUAGCAGGAGCCAACGCGUCUGGAAUGACUACAUGCUCCGAUUCGAAGGCUACGACUCCCACCACCACAAGCAGCACCCCCAACACCGAUGAGCCAGCUCCGUCCACACUGUCAUCAGCCACAACUGAGUCACUAUCGACAACAAAACUGCCCACCACACCCGAGGCUACGGCUCCCUCCGUCGAGGAUCCUUCAACUUGGUCUGAACAAUUGCCUGUGCCGAUCAGUCUCGACAACUGGAGUGGUCGCGUCAAUAUCGACACGAGCACGCUUCGCAAGGACGUUAGCAUCUUCAACAGCACAAAACAGAUGAUGCGCGAGGAGACGAGCCAGAUGCUUGUUCUUGCCUCUCGUGGGUUUGGGCGUGCCGGUUAUGUGCCAACCAAGAAGACCUCGCCGCGCUUGCGCACACGCCGAUAUAGCAUUGAUGUCCUGGUCAAGCCUUGGACCUUCGAAAAGGAUUGGCAGUGGAAAGCCGACGUCCGAUAUGAGGCCUCUCCGGCGGUUCAGAAGCAUCAUGAGAACGAACCCAGACUGCGAGCAGAACCGAUCCAGGCCUUCCCUACCCCUCUUCGGUACAGGGAGUUGAACGUUCGAGCCAUGCACCCACCACCUCAUGACGACGAGACAUAUCUGGUGAUGGGAGAUAGUGUGCUGCCGAACAUGGAAUUCAACUUCAUGCUACACCAUCGUGGAGGCGAGGCAUGGAUGCGAGAUAACGCGCUCGCCAUGUCGCUCGACGUACUUGAGCGAGCCCUGAAGUGUCACAAAUAUGGCAUCAGCAUAAUUGUUCUACCCAUCAACGACGGUAUUGGCGCUUACAGCGACGGGUCUCAUUGGUCAUUGGUCAUUGUGGAUCGCGUUCACAAGACAGCAUUCUACUAUGACUCCACGGGCGUGAGUCCUUACAACCAGAUCCAGAAAAUAGCCUACGAGGUCUCAAAGGGCCUCUUGAUGGUCCUCGGGGAAGAAACGAAGGAAUGGCAGUUCCUGCCACAAGAGGAGAGCCCCAACCAAUGGUGGGACAACCAGUUUACCCAGGAUCAAGGGCCAUGUGGCCCCUUCGUUUGGAAGAUGGCUAAGAUCAUGAUCGAAAAAAUCAUCGCUCAUCAACAGACUGGUCAUGAGGCCGACUGCGAUCUGUCGCUCCACCGCGGUUUUGACAGAUAUUUCAAGUCGAUGUUCGACUCCUGGCUUGUACGAUUGGAGAUGCAACAAUUCAUCACAUGGUUCAAGCUCGACCAAGAGUCUUUGACGUCUGUCGAGGAGCAUGACCAAAUUGCUGUGGAAGGCGAAGACGUAGCCAUGUCUCAGGAGCUUCCAGCAGUGUACUUGGAACCCGAAAGACCUGCAAGUGAGAACAGCACCGAAACUUCCUCGGAAGAUGAGCAAGAUGAGGAUCCCGCAGUAUCACUCAACCGUGUUAGGGGAGGCGGAAUCAGUCUCGUGGGUGAGGACGAUUCAAUCGACGACCUCUCGGCUGACGCGUCGUCUACCAUGUUCGACGACUCGCCACCAAAAGACUUCAACAUCAACGAUUGGGACAUGAUGGACAAUGUGUCUUUUGUCAAUGGCUCCCGCGCCAAAGUACGUGGUGACGACUUGAGUGGUCGUGAUCCGGACGCGACCCCAACGAGGGGGAAGUCAGACCAACGCCGCCAGUUCCAGCAGCACAUCCUGCAACAAGACAAGGGUCCCACGAGUAGGAAACGCCAUGCUGAGCCAGCAACAGCAGAUCGGCCUCGUCCUCGUCCCCGCACACCACCGGAGCAAAAUGUGGACGUGGGUGCUCCUCUUCCUGAGGGGUGGAAACGAUCAAACAGCGUCGAGAGCCACUGGUCUGAUAUGUCCGGUUGA